AGCCUGGCAACGCUGCAGCCUUGUGAAAAAAUUGCUCAACAACGAUGUUUACAACUGAAACAGAUGUGUAAAUUUUUGGACAAUCUUCAAUUGUUAUUGAUACUAUAGUAUGGAGGAAGAUAUUCCGACAGAGUUUGACCUCAUAGUACUCGGGACUGGUCUCCCGGAAUCGAUCUUAGCUGCCGCCGCUAGUCGGAUAGGAAAAAGCGUACUACAUUUGGAUUGUAACGAAUAUUACGGUGGCUUUUGGUCGUCGUUCAAUUUUGAAAGUUUAUUGAAGUAUGCCGAUAUUUGCAUGAAUAGGAACUGUGCUAAAAGUGAAAUACACGAUAAAAGGCAUAAUUUUGUUCCACUGCAACAGUCCACCUAUGUUGAAAAUGUUAGCGAAGAAUGGUUUAAAUUUGAAGAAUUCGGAGACGUCAGUGGCUGGAAUAAGGAUAACAUUAUGAAAGAAUUUAGACGUUUUAAUGUAGAUUUAAUACCUAAAUUGUUGUAUUCUCGAGGAGCUAUGGUAGAGUUACUCAUAUCAUCGAACAUUUGUCGUUACGCAGAAUUUCGCGCUGUGGAUCGCGUGGCCACGAUUUGGAACAAUCGCAUAAUGACGGUACCGUGUUCCCGAUCUGAUGUGUUCACCAGCCGUGAUGUGAAUGUAGUCGAGAAACGACUAUUGAUGAAAUUUUUACAAAGUUGUGCUAGCUACGAAAACGAAGGUGGUGAUCAUAAGGACGAAGAUAUUGAGGGUAAAACGUUCCUACAGUAUUUAACGAGCCACAAGCUGACACCGAAUUUAAUCCAUUAUUUACUGUACACCAUCGCUAUGGGAAAUGACACGAUGAAUUGCCGUUUAGGUUUAGAAGGCGUGAAAAAAUUUUUACUUAGCUUAGGACGAUACGGUAACAGUCCGUUUCUUUUUCCUAUGUAUGGAUGUGGAGAGAUUCCGCAAUGUUUUUGCCGACUAUGUGCGGUUUUUGGUGGAAUUUACUGUCUUAAUAAGAGAGUAGAUGGUAUCAAUUUGACGCAAGCAACCGAAGGCAAUUGUCUUCGGUUUCAAUCACUUAACUGCAACCAGCAGAAGCUGAAAGCGCUGAAUCUAGUCAUUGGACAAGGAUAUGUAGAAGAAGGAACGUUCAUCGUGGAAGGUCAGCUGAAAUCAGACAACAAGAGGCAUUGUGGGAAGAUAGCUCGUGCAAUUUUCCUUACCAAUGUUCCUCUCGGUGGAGUACACGAUAAUACGGGCGGUGGUGGUGUAUCUUUGCUCAAACUUCCCCCAGUGGAAGGCCACGAAGAUGGGGCUACUAUAAUACAGUUGGCACAUUACAGUGGUACGUGCCCAACAGAUAUAUAUCUCAUACAUAUUACUACCAGAUCUGUUAGUGGUGACCCACGAGCAGAUUUAGAGCCUUACGUGACGCAAAUACUUCGAAAAGAUUGUCCUAAACUGCUAUCGAGGCAGAACAAGGAAAAAGAAAUUUGUGAAAAUAGCGAAGAAAACAACGUAUCUACUAUUCUCUACGAACUUUACUUUAACAUUCCAUCGUGUGCUGCUUGUCGGAAAGGGUUUUCAAUUGAUUCUGUUCCGAAAGGAAUUUAUUUAGCAUGCGGUCCCUUUGUUGAGUUGGACUUUGACGAAAGUAUAGCGCGUGCGAAAGCGUUGUUCAAAGAAAUUUACCCAGAGGAAGAGUUUCUCCCUCGUGCUCCUGAUUCUGAAGAAAUAAUUAUAGGAGAAGAGACUGACGAAGGUCAGGAAAUCACUUCCGGUGAAGAAGAUCAUCAUGAACCAAUGAAAAUAGAAAGCGGUUUUGAGUGUCAGGAGGGUGAUGCGGCUUCUGUUACACCAGGAGCACUUGUAGCAACCAGGAUUUCAGAUGCACAGGAAGCAAAAGAGGACGUUGUGGAGAACGCCGAAGAAUGUGUCGAGCAAAAAUAAUAAAAUUUCUUUCACAUCAUAAGCUUAUUACAUUAGUAGUGUCUUGCUUACUUCAUAUAUAUUUGUGAUAGUCGUAAAAAAAUAAACUCAGCGUUAUCGUUUAAA